UCGCUCAGCUCCAAAUAUCGCUUCAAACAAAAGACACUCUUUUUUGCUUCUUUCGUUUCCGAUUUCCAUUCAUGGAUUUGGAGAAGGAAAGUGGAGCAAUGGAAAGUUCUGUCGAAGUCGAUGUAGGUUCUUCUGGAGGUCAAAUUUCAGAACCAUACGUUGGUAUGGAAUUUGAAUCUGAAGAUGCUGCCAGGAGUUUUUAUGCAGAGUAUGCCAGUCGAGUAGGAUUUGUUGUGCGUGUUAUGCAACGUCGUCGUUCGGGUAUUGAUGGGAGAACUCUUGCUCGCCGUCUUGGAUGUAAUAAACAAGGUUUCUCUCCUAAUCAGAAGGGCGCAUUAGGACCAGAGAAAAAACCUAGACCUAGUGCAAGAGAAGGUUGUAAUGCGACCAUUCUGGUGAAGAUGGAAAAAUCUGGAAAAUGGGUUGUAACAAGAUUUGUAAAGGAGCACAACCAUCCGCUGGUUGUUACUGCCAAUGGCUUCAGCACAGAGGGCGAUAAGGAUAAGAAAAUUGAAGAACUUACAAUGGAGUUGGAGCGUCAGGAGCAACUAUGCGCAACUUACCGAGAAAAACUACUGAGUUUUAUGAAGAAUAUUGAGGAUGAAACUGAAGAACUCUCUGCGAAGAUACAAGUUAUUGUUGAAAAUGUCAGAAGAGUAGAAUCCCAAGUGCAAAAACAUUCCCGUCAUAGAUAGCCUUGUAAUUUAACAUCACUAGUUACGUGCCAUGUAUUUAGCUAGAUAGAUUAGUGUAUUCUUCAAAUUCAGCUUAACGAAACAUUUUAAUCAUGUACAGCACAGAAUAUUUGUUGAACUCAAGUUCUUUUCUUUGAA